GUGUGUUUGGUGCGAUUUCACAAACACGAGCCGCGCGGGUGUGCUCCUCCGAACGGCCGCUGCCGUGGAUCUCCUCAGCCGAGUGGCGGCGACUCCGACGUCACUCUCGUCCGCCAGCGGCUCGUGCGCGACCGAAGAAGAAGCCUCGGCCACCGACACCGUGUGGUGCUCGACCAGCUCGUCGCCCACAAGCAUGGCCGAUGACGAUGUGGUCUUCGACGAUGUCUACGAGAUGCACGAGUUCAUCGGAAAGGGCCCCUUCAGUGUGGUUCGCCGUUGUGUUCACAAAACGACGGGCCAGCAGUUCGCCGUCAAAGUCGUCGACGUCGCCAAGUUCACCUCCUGUCCUGGACUCGGCACCGAAGACCUAAAGCGAGAAGCCACCAUCUGCCACAUGCUCAAACAUCCGCACAUUGUUGAACUUUUAGAAACAUACAGCUCGGAGGGAAUGCUCUACAUGGUAUUCGAAUAUAUGGAAGGGGCAGACUUGUGCUUUGAAAUUGUGAAAAGAGCGACUGCUGGAUUUGUGUACAGUGAAGCUGUGGCCAGCCACUACAUGCGACAAAUCCUGGAGGCACUGCGGUACUGUCACGAAAACGACAUAAUCCACCGAGACAUCAAGCCCCAUUGUGUUCUACUCGCUACCGAAGAGAAUUCGGCGCCUGUGAAGCUGGGAGGAUUCGGGGCCGCCAUUCAACUCGAGUAUGACUACAUCUGCUCCGCAGGUCGCAUCGGCACUCCGCACUUCAUGGCCCCGGAGGUGGUGGAGCGGAAGCCCUACGGCAAGCCUGCCGACGUCUGGAGCUGCGGCGUCCUGCUCUACGUCCUGCUCACGGGCACGCUGCCUUUCCUCGGCGCCAAGGAGCGUCUGCACGAGGCCAUCUGCCAAGGAAAGUUGAAUCUGAGUGGUCGGCAGUGGGAACAAAUCAGCGAAUACGGCAAGGACGUCAUCCAGCGAAUGCUUUGCAUAGACCCCAGGGAACGUUACACUGUCCAGGAACUGCUCAACCACCCUUGGCUCAGGGAUCGGGAUCACUGUGCACCAAGGGCACACCUCCAGGAAACGGUGGACGAACUAAGGAAAUUCAAUGCCAGGAGAAAGCUUAAGGGUGCUGUUCUAGCCGCUGUGUCCUCCCCAAAAUGGACUAGUUUCUACAGUGACCCAGCGUCAGACGCAAGUUUAGACCAAGGCAUUGAGCAAGAAGUGACUGCCAUAGCGGUGUCCAUGGUUCUGGAUAGUCUGGACGACAUCCACUGCCUGACCGACUGCUCGGAAAGGGACCGAGACUUCCUCCUCAGCAUCCUCGAGGACUCCCAGCUGCACGCUCUACUAGACGUGAGUGGUGGACGCAUGCUAUUUCCUCCUCGGUUCUCUUCUUUUCAGAUCAAGCAUCGACUGGCGUGA